AUGCCAAACAUCACUCAUGCCCUGUCCCAGAUAGUAAUGGCCCCCUUCUUCUUCUGGGACCUCACUGACUUCUUCAUCCUCAGUCCUUUAUCCUCAAGAAAGGAAAGUCUUGGAAAGGAGUUUUACUUUACUGAGCUCCAAUCCUUACAGGCCAGUGUGAAAUGGCGCCACCUGGAAAAUGUGAAUGCUGAUUUGUGGAAUACUUUCUGUAAACUGCUGAGUGAUCAAGCUAUCAUCUUGGCCAUCAAUUCCAGCUACAUGGAUCCCUUAGACCAAUUUGAUAUCCAAGUGCAGACAAUAGAGGGAAGCUUUCGAAAUGUGUUCUCCAUGCCUAGUUUAAACAAACUUCAAGAAAGGCAAAAAAAUUCAGAUGAUCAAGAGGACAUAGAGCACCUGUACAAAAGUAUUUUAUGCAUCUUUGAGGACACACUUCGGAUCUUGGUAGCUAAAGAUCUUUACAAGCUACAGAUCUUACGGGAAAUGAUAAUAUGGAUGAACACAGAGACCAAAUACUUGCAAGAACAAGGUGUGACCAUCAUAAGCAGAGUCAUAAAGUUUUCAAGAAGAAAAAUUCAGGGAUAUAAAACAAUUGACAUUCCAUGUAUGGGUCACCUGGCAGCAGAACUGGCUGUUUUAUGCACCCAUGCAAAUCUCCAAAUUGUUAUCCAGGCUUCCAUCGCAAUGUAUCACCUUCUCUGCAUUAUAAAAUUCCAGAAUGUGGAAGUGCCAGCAGAUUCGUCAGUGGAGGUUGAAAACUGUUUAUUUUUUGUUCCUUUUGACAAAGAAUUAACUCCUAAAAUCCUUCAGAAAAAUAAUGAAGCUAUUGCUAAGGUGGCUAGGAUUGUGGAUUUUAUUCAUACUCAAUUGAAUGCUAAUUUACCUAUCGACCUGAAGCAAACAUUGCUGCAAAUAAUUGCCUUGUUGGCUCGUUCAGUUCCUCAGAAAGUUGUCUUUCAACUUCUAGACUAUGUGCUUCCAGUUGACAGAUCAGUGCUGAAGAUGUGGAAAGCAGUCAGUACAGAAUCAAAAUCCUCAUGUCUUGUGCUAAAGACAAUCCUGAUUGUGCUGAAGGGGAAGCCUGGAGAAGUGGAAGAAAGCAAUAAGAUUCGAAAGCGUUUUUCCCUUGAUACUGCCAACAUGAUGCCUGUGGUAGCAGCCCAGGCUCUGUGUAUCUUACUCCCUGUCCCUGAGUACAAGAAAGCAAUAGCCCGAUUUUUCCCUGAGCUUUUAAUAGACCUAAUACUACAACUCCAUUAUAGCUGUCAGCAGCACUACAAAAAAAAUGAUAACACCCAGCGUCACAAUCCUUUCAUUCUUAGAAAUGCUUUGAGGAUCCUCCUGAGAUCUUCAGGAUUAGAAAAUGUGGAUCGUGCCCUAAACAAAAAGGAUUGCUGGAACCAAUUUGCCAGUGUCACAUUUCACCACUAUGGAGUUUACCUCAUUGCCAGAACUCUUAGUGAGUUUAACUUCCCACAGUUGCCUGAGACCUUGCAUUACCUCUACAAGCUCUCUGUGGAAGGCCCCAGAAGGAGAGAAGACAGUGUCACCACAGUCAUCUUCCUCAUUGAGCUUCUGAAUAACUUCUUUACGGAUCCAUUCCCAGAGGAAUUUUUGGCACUUUUCAGAAUCUGGGUAAAUGACCCAAACUCUACGGUCUCUAAGUUGAGUCUCCAGAAGAUUUCCACCAUGGCACCAGUUAUUAAUCAAAUGAAAAACAUCAAAGAAUUAAUAUUAUGUAUUGUGGAUGCCUUCCCCUCCAAAGACAAAACUGUUAUAAUACAGUCCAUGAUUACUCUCCGAAAGCUUCUUUCUGUAUUGGAUAAAAUAACGUAUUCUAUCAUCUGUAUCCGUAUUGCUUCCAGCUACUAUUCCCUCAUGAAUCACGUGAGUGAGGCACCUAAGAUACAUGAGAUAAAUUGGUUGGUAGUUGAGGAAAGAGAUCUAUAA